GCGAGCGCGCAGCCGGAGCUGUCCCUGGGACUUAGUGCUGAAGUAGGCGCCGGCGAACCAGGCGCCUGGUGUAGUGGCCAGAGAAGACCAUGGCGUUCAUGGUGAAGUCCAUGGUGGGUGGCCAACUGAAGAACCUCACCGGGAGCCUGGGGGGCGGCGAGGACAAGGGGGACGGAGACAAGUCUGCAGCCGAAGCACAGGGGAUGAGCCGAGAAGAGUACGAAGAGUAUCAGAAGCAACUGGUGGAGGAGAAGAUGGAGCGGGAUGCACAGUUCACACAGAGGAAGGCAGAACGCGCCACACUGCGGAGUCACUUCAGAGACAAAUACCGUCUGCCCAAGAAUGAGACAGAUGAAAGCCAGAUCCAGCUGGCAGGUGGAGAUGUGGAGCUGCCUCGGGAGCUAGCCAAGAUGAUCGAGGAGGACACGGAGGAAGAGGAGGAUAAGGCCUCUGUGCUUGGGCAGCUGGCCAGCCUCCCCGGCUUGGAUCUCAGCUCACUCAAGGACAAGGCUCAGACUACACUAGGGGACCUCAAGCAAUCAGCUGAGAAGUGCCAUAUCAUGUGACCACUUCCCCUGGGGUUACCUCUGGGAUGGCUAGAGGGUUGGUGCCAUGUGAGGGCUAAGAGAGUGUCUCAACUUCCACAUACCUCCACUCUAUUUUGGCCUUUGUUCUUCCCUGCCCUAGCCUAGCCUCACAGUCUUUUCAUCCAAGGCCAGCUCUGGCUCUGAUCGCUCCCUCUUUGUUGUCAGCAAAGUUCCCCUUCUUCCCUCUUUCCCUCUUUUGCCUGGAAAGUUUCCCAAGUCGAUAAGAUUAGCCCAACCCUCUCUGGGUACAGCCCCCUGUUCUUUCACACUAGAGCACUCACAGAAAGAAACAGAAGCCCUGGAUCAUUCACCAUAGACGCAUACUGGCACACACAGACACACACAUCCCUUGGGUUCCUAGCCCCUCCCAGAUACCAGCACCUAGGAGGGACUCUGGGCACACAGAAGGCCUGUUCUUAUCCCUACCUUAUGGUCCUAGAAGCUGCUGCUGGGCUUUACGGUAUCAUCUGUGAAAUGGGGAUGGACUGAGUGAUUUCUAAAAUUCUUUCCCAAUUGGCAUUCCCGACCACUCAGAACAGAGCCCACAUCCCUUCUUGGGCAGGGCAGCAGCUGCACACAGCGUCACACAGCUGCCACUGUGGGCUCUGGGAACUGAGCAAUGCUGUGUGAGGGGCAGAGUGCCAGGGAUGGAGCUGGCACUGAACAGUAGCUCAAGCAGCUCCAGACCUUCUCUGGGCCUAGGGCCGGGCCAAAUUCUGUUCUGUUCCUGUAGAAUUCUCUGGAUUCCAUAGUUGGAAUUUCCUCUUCUCGUUCAGUGGAAAAUAAAAAUUCCAAAUGACAUGGCUAUCUUCCCACUUCUGCUGACUCGGAGUUCCCAGGCCCCAAGCCUGCCCUUGGAGGGGUAUCCUCUGCCUCUUUGCCUGCAGCUUCAGAGGGCUCUGGGAGAUGAACAAAGAGAGGGGACUUCUGUGGGACUCUAUAGCGCCAGCCCCUGUAUGCGUGCCCUCUCUGGGCUGCAGGUGAAGCCUCGACGAGGGAGCAGAUGCGCUUUGGGCAGGAUGAGGCAAGUCUAAGCACCAAGAGUUUGAUGUGACAGGCUUUUGGGUAAGGUGGGGCCUUAGGGUGUUUCCUGAGAUUAAAGAAAAGGGCUCUCUCUCAUACUUGUCCCUCGAUUAAGAUGGAGAAUGAGACAGAGAGGAGAAAGGGUUCAUUGUGCUUCAGCCUGGCUCUGCUGUGUGUCCUUAAGUAGGUCUCUAAGCCUGUGUUGCUCCUGGUAAAAUGAAGAGUUCCUGUCCCCAAUAAUAACAGUAUGUGUUUCAAAGA